CCCGCCCACCAAGAGGCUCACACUUCGAGUUUGGGUCUCCGCAGCGCCCGUAGUUUUGAACUUUCACCGCUCCUGCGGCCGGCGUCGGGGGAUAGCACGCAUGCGUCUUGUCUUCGAAUGGGUGGCACCCUUAUCCUCGCGGCGGCGGCAGGAGCCGUGGCCGUGCUGCUGGCGGUGCGGCUAUGGGUAGUGCUGCGUCCCCGCCCCGCUGUGCCCCGGCGGUCUCUCAGCCUCUUGGUGGUGGCUGGGUCCGGUGGGCAUACCACUGAGAUCCUGAGGCUGCUUGAGAACUUGUCCGAUGCCUACUCUCCUAGACAUUAUAUCAUUGCUGACACUGAUGAAAUGAGUGCCCAUAAAAUAAAUUCUUUUGAAGGAAAUCGAGCUGAUAGAAACCCCAGUGCUAUGUUUACCGAAUACUAUAUUCACCGCAUUCCCAGAAGCCGGGAGGUCCAGCAGUCCUGGCUGUCCACGGUACUCACCACCUUGUACUCUAUGUGGCUCUCCUUCCCCCUGACUCACCGAGUGAAGCCAGAUUUGGCUCUUAAAAGAGGACCUGAGAACCUGCUGCCCCAACAGAAGAUGCUUGGACUGUGGCCCAGCAGUGCCCUCGGCAGGAUUUGUGGGAGGAGAGAAGACUGAAGUUCAGUCAAAAGAGCCACUGUUGAUCUUGAAAGAACAUGAGCCAUACAGAUGACACAAGGAUUCUGUUCCCCCUUCAACUCUAAGACCCCUCUUUUGGUCUUUGUCGUGAAGCAGCCUUAGGCAGAGAGACUAAGAAAAAUAAUAGCAGCAAAUACGCAUAAGGGACUUGCUGAGUUCUAAGUGCUUGUCAAGCUCUGUUUCACUUAAUCCUCACUAUAAUGCUAUGUGGAAAGCACUGCUUGAAUCCUCAUUUUACAGAUGAGGGGACUGAGGCACAGAGAGGUGAAGUAACUAGCCCAAGCUCACACAGGUAGGAAGCAGUGGAGCCCGGAUUCAGUCCCCGGUGGUUUGGCUCCAGGGUCCAUCCUCUCAUCACUGCCCUUUCCCUGGACUGUCAAGGACGCAGAUACCCCAUCUUGUUUCCCAUAAGACAGAAGCUUGUUUCAAGAAACGGUGGUGGGGGGGGGGGGCGGUGCUCCACAUUUGAAUUAGAAAACCUGCAGGUUUGGUAUUCUCUCCAUAGUGGUUAAGAAUCUCUUCUUAACAAAAUUUGGCUUCUGGUCAAGCAAGAUGUUUCCCAGAUCACCUGCUGGAUUAAAAGCUGUUGCCCUGCCCUUAAGAUGACUCUGGUAGAGGACUCACUCUGGUGCUACUGACAGACUGAGCCCCACCACUGAGGUCCUGCUUGUCCAGCCCUCCCCUCCCCAAAGACCCAGACUGUGAUGCAGAGAAGUGUGAGCAAACCAUUCUCCACGUCUGCAGAGAUGCUCCUCCAGCACCAGUGGGAUGCGGCACCUUGACAGCUAGGGUGACUUUGAGUGGCAGAGGAUAUGCCGCCUUGCCACCUCCCUACUAAUGUCCCUUUCUGCCAUCUUCAGGUGCCUUCCUUCCCUGUAACCUGUCCUUAUUCUCGCAAUGUUGUCAACUAAUCAUUUUUAAAGAAUUAACAGAUAAUUAAGGAGCGAACUUCUGGUCUUGAAGAUAGGACUCCUCCCAGGGAUGCUGGCUCUCUAAGAGGGAGUCUCUAGAUCUAGACAACAGAGGGAAGGAGGGGCGUCAUGGUGGAGCUCCUCAAUUCCUGGCAGUUCUCACUGCUAUUAGGAACCUCAGGCUCACUGAAAAGCUCUUCCAGAUGAGUUCAGCUGGGCUGCUUGUCCCCGAAGUGGUUUUGAGCAGGAUGAGAGAGAGAAUGGCCUUUGAUGGCUUACCAGUCCCCACGUUUCCUCCGCCGCUGCUUUCUCCCUCAGCACACACAGACCCCUUUGCAGGAAGGUAGACAAGGCGCCACUUAUGAAGAGUGCCAGCCCCCUUCCUGUAGUGGUGGGCAGAGGUUUCCAAGUGCUAAUUUGUACCGAAACACCUGGCAGUUUGUUUAAAAUGCAUAUUCCUGGGCCCCAGACCCAGAGAUUCUGAUUUGGAGAGAAUCUGCAUUUUAUUUAUUUAUUUAUUUAUUUUAAAUAGAAGUAUAGUUGAUUCACAGUGUUGUGCCCAUCUCUGCUCUACAACAAAGUGACUUAGUUUUACACAUAUAUACCUUCAUUUUUAAAAUAUUCUUUUCCAUUAUGGCUUAUCCCAGGAGAUUACAUAUAGUUCCCUAUGCUAUACAGUAGGACCUUGUUGUUUAUCCAUUCUAAAUGUAAUAGUUUGCAACUACCAAUCCCAGGUUCCCAGUCCAUCCCCCUCCCUCCCCCAAGAAUCUGCAUUUUUGACAAGUAUCCCUGGGUGAAUGGGAUGUGAAGGCCUGCAAAAUACUAACAUGGGAGUCACUUCUCUACCUGCUGGUUUAAAGGGGUCCUCUCUGAAUAGAACUGGGACAAACCUACCACUUCUCUCAGUUCCUAUCAAUGCUCCUGUCUUCUAAGAGUAUAAUAAGAGAGAGUCGUUAGUACAGCCAAACACACCUAGCAAAACUCAGCUAAGCUUGAAGGCAAUAAAAACCCCCAAGAGACACCCUGAUUUUGACAAGAAGUGUCAUUCUACUUCUGCAAGUUACCAAUGGAGUCAGGUGCACCAAUGCUAAGAUCUUGAUAAAUGCAUGGUGGACGAUGAAAGGGAAACACCUUUUGAAAGCCUGAAUGCGCAGAGUGAAGCACAUGUUCUAUGGAGAACCCUGCCCGUUCAUUCUAGGUGUGGAAUCCAAGCUCGGCUCCAGAGUACCAUGUUCUUUAACCACAACGAGGUACAGCUCCUUAAUGCAUCUCACUCUGUUAGAUUCUAUCUUCUUGCCUCCAUUUCAUUGUCUGUCUUUGAGCAUCUAUGUCUACCUCUCUUUUCUACACACACAACCAGAAACUCACAAACAAGUGUUUUUUAUGUAUCCUUUUGGUUUAGAAUUAAGGAAUUAGAUACUCCUCUAUAAAAAAAAUUUGUAAGCCUUUUUUAAUACUGCAAACAUAAUCUGUACAUAAAGAAAUUAUCUAAGGAAAACUGCUGACUAGUUUUCAGUUCAGCAAGAUAGCAAUUUUAUUCAUAGGUAGAUGUAAAAAAAAAAUUAGGGAAGGAUCACGAAUAAAAUAUCACUUAUCUGCCUAAGCGAGGGCCUUGACAGAAGUCAGGAGUUACAUAAUUGCUUUGAAUCCGAGCCAGUUCUUCCUGUUUAGAAAGGAUACUCCCUUUUCUUUUGAAAAUGUUAACCAUUUGCCCCCAUUUUAUCUGCUGAAAAGCUUUCAUAAUCCAUCUUAGUCCAAUGGCAUGUUAUAGUCUGCCACUAAUUUCUUUAUUAAAACUAUAAAAUAUUAAUAACAAUUGCCAGAAUUUUACCUUCAGUUAAACUCCCUGUGUCACAUCUGCCCUGGAGCCUACCUUGCCUUCAGCCCACUUCCAACUAAUGCUGGUCCUGACUGACAGGUGCAGGACCAGGAUGGGGGACAGGAGAGCCCCAGGCUUGUUUUCUAAAGCUGGUCUGAGUCUCAGCUGUGUGAUCUUUCAUAUGUCACUUAAUUGCUCUGGUCUUGAGUCUCCUUGUCUAAAAAAUGAGGAUAAAGACAUCCACCUCAAAGGGCUGUUGUAAGGUUUAAGAAAAGGCUCAUUACGCAGAAUGCCACACUUACGCUCUGGGCCUGGCAAGUAGUAUGUGCCCUGUGAAUGUCAAGGUCUCCGCCUUCCUUCUCAAGCUAAAGGGCAAGGAUUGAACUAAGUGACUCCUGAGACUGCAUCUAGCGUCAGCAAUCAGGGCUUCUGCGAGAGCUGCUGAGUAUACGGUGUGGGGAAAACAAAAGGAAAAAGUACUGGAUUACUAGGAUUCAAAGACCUCCGUGAACACAUUUCAGAGUGUUGAAAAUACAGUGAAAACACAAAAAGACCAAGAAGUCAGGAAGUCGUCACCUUGACCAUUUGGCCCAGAGAACAGGAAAACUAAAAGAUUCAGUUUCCUCAACUGAAAGUAGAAUCAGCCAGGAAGGUUAGGAAAACAAUGUUUGGCUGGCCUGACGUUGAUCUUUAACGAUGAUGCAAAGUAGGUACAGCUUAACCAUUCAGAGAAAAAAAAUUUUUUUAAGUUUUAAUUUUAUCUGUGUAUCUUUUAUGAUGGAUCGUCAGGGCAAGAAAAUCAAAUGUCACCCCAGUGUGGGCACCGACACCCUCUGAGCUCUUUUGCCUACUCUGCACUUACAGUUGGAGGAGCCAUAAACAUACAUGGAGUGGCCAAACUGUGUGGAGCCCUGGGUCUUGUAGGAUCUUGUUAACGUGCAUUCAGACUACAGGUGGGCAUCCCAGAGUUGGUGGAGGGGACACUGGAGUCUGCUGUCUGUGUGUCUCCACCUACGUAACUUCCACCCCUGUAACUCAGCCCAAACGCAACAAAUCAGGAUGGUCGCAGAAGGUUGGGAAGUCUAGUUUCCCCAUACAAGGGCAAAAUAGCCGACCCUUGUUUUGAAAUGAACAAGAUCAGACUUACUCACCAGGUCAUCAGGCUUGUUUACCGUGUUAUGGCCACGGACUUUCAUGGCCAUUUGGCUGAGAAGGACACUACAGUGGCUCCCCAGAUCCAGAGCAGGGGAGCUCAAGAAUCCUUCACUCAUUCACCACGUGUGGAAAAAGAGAAAACACCGCUCCGGGUAAUCAGGCUCCUUCCGUCAUUUUUUUACAUAAGCAUCACGUGGAGUGUAUCAGGCAGAGCAAAAAAUAUGACUUGAAGAUAAAGAGGCUAAAAUGGAUGGUUGGGUCAGUCUUAUAAGGUACCCUCUGAAGGGUAGGAUAGAUCAUGCGGGGUCAGUGCCAUGUCUGUGACAGAGUGAGGGACAAGCCUUCUGCCACAUAGUACUCUUAAGAAUUUGAAAAAUGCCACAAGUAUUCUACUUGACUUUUGGAUGGAUUAUAAUAAUAGCUGGGACUUCCCUGGUGGCGCAGUGGUUAAGAAUCCGCCUGCCAAUGCAGGGGACACGGGUUCGAUCCCUGGUCUGGGAAGAUCCCACAUGCUGCAGAGCAGCUAGGCCUGCAAGCUACAACUACUGAGCCCACGUACUGAAACUACUGAAGCCCACGUGCCUAGAGCCCGUGCCCUAGCAACAAGAGAAGCCACCGCGAUGAGAAGCCCACGCACUGCAACGAAGACCCAACGCAGCCAAAAAUAAAGAAAUAAAUAAUUUAAAAUACAUAUAUACAUAAUAAUAAUAGCUACCAUUUAUUGAAUUUUUACCAUGGGCAAAGCACUAUGUUAAAUGCUUUACAUGUGUUAUCUUAUUUGAUCUCCACAGCAAUACUAAAAAGUAGAUAUACUGUCUUCCCUGUGUUUAUAUUUGUUUCUGGCUGGAUUACCAUUCCCCACCCCUGACAUUCUCUACCUUACUGUUGCUAAUUCCCAAGAAGGAGAAUACAUUAGAACUUACUGCCCACCUCCCCUGAAGGACCAUCAGGACCAGUCUCAUCUUGCCCUUAUAUAUAUGUCUCUGUUUACCUUAUUCACCACAAGAAGUUCAAGCCCCUGAGAGAGAGUGUUACCUGGACCUAACAGCUCUGUUAAAUUAUAAUCUGUCUCAAGCCCACACCCCUCCCCAACCUCCUAAACCCUUUUGCUGGCCCAGACUUACGGUCGGUUCACAAAAUCUACAUCAUCUUCUCUCCUCCGUCUUGCUCUAGUUGCUGUCUGAUUUACCCAGAAUACCAUACCACUUCAUCGGUUACUGGCUUCCAGCUCACCUCCUCCCAGAUCUUCUUUGACCUCCAUAUCUCCCUGUUCCCUUAUCCUACUUUAUAUUAUAUAAACGUAUACCUAUUAUUUUUUGUCUUCCCACUGGAAUGUAAACUUUGUGAGGGCAGGGACCUUUGUUCACUAGUAGAUCCGUAAUACCCAGAAAGUACCUGGCAUAUUAUCUUUGCUCAGUACCUAUUUCUUGAACAAAUGAAUCCAUGAAUGAGAAAACUGAGACAUAGAACGGACUGCUCACGUUGCUGUUAAGCAGACAGCCCAGAUCUGUGUGACUGCAAAGCCCUGGCCCAUAAGCACCAUGUUGCUCGGCUCCCUGAUGGAUUAUGUGAAUGCAGCAGAAGCAAGAAUGUUCUGGCUGACUGGGAGUAAUCAGUGUUGGGGUGUUGCUAUAAGGGACUUACCAAUUGGGCAAGAUCCUACAGGGCCAAAGUUUACUGUUCUUUAUUUGAUUACAUUCUAUGAUUAUGUGAUUUAAAAGAAAAAUAUAUAUUUGGUUAUUCAGAUGACCAAAAUAUAUUUUUUGUAUAUAUUUGGUCUUCAUCCACAGUUCCUGACUCAUAGCUCCUAAAACCCUUGGAAUUUCCUAAGUGAUGAGAGCAAUAAAGGUGCCUGUUAAGUUAAUGAGGUGACUUUCGGAAAGGACCCAAGAAUGGGGACUGGUUACCAGUGGAGCCAACUGUGUCAUUAAAGGCUUAGAACUUCAGUCCCACCCCCAGCCUCUACCUCUGGGGAGGGGAGAGGGCCUGGAGGUUGAAUCAGUCACCAAUGGCCAGUAGUUUAAUCAAUCAUGACUAUGUAAUGAAGCCACCAUAAAAACCCAAGAGGACGGUGUUGGGAGAGCUUCCAGGUUGGUGAGCAUGUGGAGACUUAGGGAGAACGGCACACUCUGAGAGAGCAUGGAAACUCCACCCCCUUGCCCCAUACCUUACCCUAUGUAUCUCCUUAUCUGGCUGUUGGUUUGUAUUUUUUAAUAUCCUUGGUAAUAAAUCAGUAAGCUAGUGAGUAAAUGGGCCUUCCUGAGUUCUGUGAGCCAUUCUAGCAUAUUAAUUGAUCUCAAGGAGUGGGUCGUGGGAACCUCUGACUUAUAGCCAGAAGUAGAGGUAGCAGCCAGGGCUUGUGACAGGCAUCUGAAGGGGGAGGGCAGUCUUUGGGACUGAGCCAUUAACCUGUGGAAUCUGAUUCUAUAUCCAGGUAGGUAGUGUCAGAAUUGAGUUAAAUUGUAGGACAACCAGCUGGUGUCCAGAGCAUUGUUUGUUGUGAGGCAGCCUACACAUGCGCACGUGUACACACAUUAGAAUUGGGUCCAGUUGUUAUCAAAUGAAAUGCAAGUAACUGAUAUUCGAGGAGCCAGCAAUAAAUUCAGCGUCUUUACAACGUAAGCCAUUAGCCUAGAUAAAAACAAUUUAUAACUUUACUUACCUUUUUGAUAUGAUUUAAAAGAAGAUGAAAGCUAUGCCUGGGUAAGGACAAGUAGGGAAGGGGCUAGGUGGACUGUGACAUGUUCAAGCAGUGAAGCAACUGAGGCCUAUAUAGCAACAUGGAAGGAAGAGUGGUAUACUUGGAAAAGUAGACCUCAAGAUGCUAUACACACAGUGAUGACAACUCUGAAGACUCUGUGUGUUAGCAAUAGAAUUGUAAGAGACCGUGAAGUUCAUAAAUAGUUGGUGAUUCCAGUGUUUAGGGCUUUAUUUGGUUAUUUCAUGUUGGUCUUGAUAUUUAGAUAUUCCUGUUUAACUGUUACUACUCAGAUGAUUAAAUACACAUAAAAAAGAAGAAAUACAGUGUACCGUAAUGUGAGCCAAGCGAACACGUCAUCCCAUCUGCUCUGCGUCCUGUUCUUUCCUGCUGUCCACCUCCACUGAGCGCUGACAUUCAGUGCUGCCUUUCCUCAGGCUGCACCCCCAGCCUUCCGGUCCUCUGACGAUAUCCUCUACAUGUUAUAGACCACCUGCCCUCCAACUGCAUUUUCUUCCUCACUCUCUUGAUUACUCACAGAUGCUUCUCUAUCCAGUUUUCUACGGCUUUUAUCCCACGGCUCUUGCCCUCCUCCUCUCUUGGAUGACGACUUUUGAGUAUCCUCUCCCUACGCCAAAACACUCACCCUGGGUGCUUUUUGCUGCUUGGUCCUCAUCCUUGUUUCACUCUGCCUCUUCCUGUGCUCACCGUGCAGCGCUCUGAGCCCUGCUUGAGGAAAUCCUGUGACUGUUCUGACGUGACCUGUUCCUUCUGUAACUCUGCAUCUGCUGCUCUCAAAGCCUUUGUUUCUUUUCCAUACCAGUCAGGUUCUUGGUAACGAACCAUAAAAAUCCACUCUGGCUGACUGAAACAGAAAAAGAAUUUAGGGAAAGAUUAUUGAGAGCUCUCGGAGUUACUGGGAAAGCUAAUGAAAUAGGAUUAGUAAACGUGGAGGGACAAGGUGGGAGCUGAACAGCUAGAACCACAGCCCAAAUUCCAUGGCCUCAGAGCUGCUUUGGGGGAACAUUGCUGCCACCACUGCUGGAUAGUGAACAGUGUAGCUGGCCCCGCUGGUACUGGAUGCCAGACUCUGCCAGUGGCACCUUUGCCACCAGAACAGAUUCUCCUCUGGCCUUGCUUCUCUGCACCACCAGCACCUGAUCAGACCUAGGCAGAAACAUCUGGCCAAGUCACGGCCCAUCCACUAGCUGCAGAGGGAACACAGAAAGGAGUAUCUCACUUGUGAGAUGGGCUCUGCCUGCUGUCACAACUCAUACAGUGGGAAAUCACUCAGUUUCCACACAGGAACAAAAACAAAACAAAACUAAAGGCCACAUGGCCCAUCCCCAACUCAGGACAGUUGUUUUAUUAAACUUUCUACAACUUCCUUAAGUCCUUGAAGCUGUUUCUUCUGACUUCUCACUCAGCAAGAACUCUGGAACACAGUUCAAUGCAAAAUUAAAACCUUAGGGGUCACAGAUUUAUAUACAAAAAUGUUCAUAACAGCAUGAUUUAGAAUAGCAAUAAAAGGAGUCAGCCCGAAUUUCCAACAAUAAAGGAAUAGUUAGAUGAAUUAUGAGAUAUCCAUAGGAUUAAAUAUAUGCAGUCAUUAAAAAUCAUGAAUUUAAAAAAUUUUCCACAACACACAAAAAUAUAACAACACUUCAAAAAAACACUUUACAAUAUUUAUAUAUAAGCUCUCAGAUUAUAUAUGUGCAUAUGUGAACAUAUUUUAUAGUGAAAUAUAAAUGUGUAUAUGAAGAUAAUACACCAAAAUGUUAACAGAUUGAUGAAAUUAGAAGGAUUUUUAUCUUCUUUUUGCUUUUCUGCACUUUUCACAUUGAGCUGGAAAGUUAUAAAUAUUGAAAGAAAAAUCUGUUGAGGGCAAACUUCCUGUGCCACCGUUUUUAUCCUUUGUCAUGUUCUCAGAAGGUACAUUUUUUCCCAAACCAAUCUCAAACUAACUCCUCUGAAUUCUUACUCUUUUCUCCUGGUGUUGAAAGAACUCACUUUUUCUAUAUCAUCAGUUCCUCUCUCACCACCAGUUCGUUCCCGCAGUCUUUAUGUUCACGUAUAGAUCAUUCGUUCCAUUCUGUAAGCCUUUCCCAGCCCUGCUUAGCUCACCCAGCUCCUAUCUGAGCUUUCCCUCCCUCAUGCUCAUCUUCCCCUCCCCGUAUUUUAGCUCAGUGAUUCACAGAAGUAGGCAUCUCUGGGGUUUCCAUUACCCUUCUCUUACCCAAAUCUGAAGAUUUUGUCUCUGUCGGCUAAGGCAAGUGACUUUGUGGUUUUCUUAUUUUCUAAAAUAAGAAGGAUGCAUUUUUGGGCUUCCCUGGAGGUGCAGUGGUCAAGAAUCCGCCUGCCAAAGCAGGGGACAUGGGUUCGAGCCCUGGUCCAGGAAGAUCCCACAUGCUGCAGAGCAGCUAAGCCCAUGCGCCACAACUACUGAGCCUGAGCUCUAGAGCCCACGAGCCACAACCACUGAGCCCGCGUGCCACAAUGACUGAAGCCUGCACACCUAGAGCCUGUGCUCUGCAACAAGAGAAGCUACCACAAUGAGAAGCCCGCACACUGCAAUGAAGCAUAGCCCCUGCUCCCCACAACUAGAGAAAGCCCACAUGCAGCAACGAAGACCCAACACAGCCUAAAUAAAUAAAUAAAUAAAAAUUUUAAAAAGAAGAGGGAGGACCUUCAAAAUAGUGAAGGAAUAAGAUGAGGAGAUCACCUUCCUCCCCAUAAAUACAUCAAAAAUACACCUAAGUGUGGAACAAAUCCUACAGAACACCUAGUGAAUGCUGGCAGAAGACCUCAGACUUCCCAAAAGGCAAGAAAAUCCCCAUGUACCUGGGUAGGGCAAAAGAAGAAAGAAAAAAUAGAGACAAAAGAAUAGGGACAGGACCUGCACCUCUGGGAGGGAGCUAUGAAGGUGGAAAAGUUUCCACACACUAGGAAGCCCCUUCACUGGUGGAGACGGGGAGUGGGUGGGUGGGGGAAGCUUCGGAACCACGGAGGAGAGUGCAUCAACAGGGGUGUGGAGGGCAAAGUGGAGAGAUUCCUGCACAGAGGAUCGGUGCAGAUCAGCACUCACCAGCCCGAGAGGCUUGUCUCCUCGCCCACCGGGAUGGGUGAGGGCUGGGAGCUGAGGCUCGGGCUUCGGAGGUCGGAUCCCAGGGAGAGGACUGGGGUUGACUGCGUGAACACAGCCUGAAGGGGGCUAGUACGCCACAGCUAGCCGGGAGGGAGUCCGGGAAAAAGUCUGGGCCUGCCUAAGAGGCAAGAGACCAUUGUUUCAGGGUGCAAGAGGAGAGGGUAUUCAGAGCACCGCCUAAACAAGCUCCAAAGAUGGGCAUGAGCUGCGGCUCUCAGCACGGACACCAGAGACAGGCAUGAGAUGCUAAGGCUGCUGCUGCAGCCACCAAGAAUCCUGAGUGCAAGCACAGGUCACUAUCCACAACCCCCUGCCCCCCACCCCCGCCAGGAGCCUGUGCAGCCUGCCACUGCCAGGGUCCCGUGAUUCAGGGACAACUUCCCCGGGAGGAUACACGGCAUGCCUCAGGCUGUUGCAGCGUCAUGCUGACCUCUGCCGCCGCAGGCUUGCCCCGCAUUCCAAUUAUAACUACCACACCCCUCCCUCUCCUAGGUGUGAGUGAGCCAGAGCCCCCUAAUCAGCCGCUCCUUUAACCCUGUCCUGUUUGGAUGGGAACAGAUGUCUGAGGGCAACCUACAUGCAGAGGUGGAGCCAAAACCGAAGCUGAACACCAGAAGCUGUGUGAACAAAGAAGAGAAAGGGGAAUCUGUCCGUGCAGCCUCAGGAGCAGUGGAUUAAGUCCCCACAAUCAACUUGAGGUACCCUGCAUCUGUGGAAUACCUGAAUAGACAACGAAGCAACCCAAAAUUGAGGCGGUGGACUUUGGGAGCAACUGUAGACUUGGAGUUUGUUGUCUGCGACUGACUUGUUUCUGACUUUUAUGUUUAUCUUAGUAUAGUUUUUAGUGCUUGUUAUCAUUGGUCGAUUUGUUUAUGGGUUUGGUUUCUCUCUUCUUUUUUUAAAUGUUUUUUACCUUUUUUAUUUUAAUAAUUUUUUUAUCUUUUUAUUUUAAUUAUUUUAUGAAAACAUUUUUUUUUCUUUCUUUUCUUCUCCCUUUUAUUCUGAGCCGUGUGGCUGAGAGGGUCUUUGUGCUCCAGGCUGUUGUCAGGCCUGAGCCUCUGAGGUGGGAGAGCUGAGUUCAGGACAUUGGACCACCAGAGACUUCCCGGCCCCAUGUAAUAUCAAUCAGCGAGAGCUCUCCUAGAGAUCUCUGUCUCAAUGCUCAGACCCAGCCGUACUCAACGACCAGCAAGCUCCAGUGCUGGACACCCCAUGCCAAACAACUAGCAAGACAGUAACACAGCCCCACCCAUUAGCAAAGAGGCUGCCUAAAAUCAUACUAAGUUCACAGACAGCCAAAACACAUCACCGGACACAGCCCUGCCCACCAGAGAGACAAGAUCUAGCCCCACCCAACAGAACACAGACACCAGUCCCCUCCACCCAGAAGCCUACACAAGCCACUGAACCAACCUUAUCCACUUGGGGCAGACACCAAAAACAAUGGUAACUACAGACCUGCAGCCUGUGAAAAGCAGACCCCAAACACAGUAAGUUAGGCAAAAUGGGAAGACAGAGAAAUAUGUAGAAGAUGAAGGAGGAAGGUAAAAACCUACCAGACCAAACAAAUGAAGAGGAAAUAGACAGUCUACCUGAAAAAGAAUUCAGAGUAAUGAUAGAAAAGAUAUCCAAAAUCUUGGAAACAGAAUGGAGAAAAUACAAGAAACGUUUAACAAGGACCUAGAAGAACUAAAGAGUAAACAAACAAUGAUGAGCAACACAAUAAAUGAAAUUUUAAAAUUCUCUAGAAGGAAUCAAUAGCAGAAUAACUGAAGCAGAAGAACGGAUAAGUGACUGGAAGAGAAAAUAGUGGAAAUAACUACUGCAGAGCAGAAUAAAAGAAAAAGGAAUGAAAAGAAUUGAGGACAGUCUCAGAGACCUCUGAGACAACAUUAAACACAUCAACAUUCACAUUAUAGGGGUCCCAGAAGGAGAAGAGAGAGAGAAAGGACCCGAGAAAAUAUUUGAAGAGAUUAUAGUCGAAAACUUCCCUAACAUAGGAAAGGAAAUAGCCACCCAAGUCCAGGAAGCACAGAGAGUACCAUACAGGUUACACCCAAGGAGAAACACACCGAGACACACAGUAAUCAAAUUGGCAAAAAUUAAAGACAAAGAAAAAUUAUUGAAACAGCAAGAGAAAAGUGACAAAUAACAUACAAGGGAACUCCCAUAAGGUUAACAGCUGAUUUCUCAGCGGAAACUGUACGGGCCAGAAGGGAGUGGCAUGACAUAUUUAAAGUGAUGAAAGAGAAGAACCUACAACCAAGAUUACUCUACCCAGCAAGGAUCUCAUUCAGAUUUGAUGGAGAAAUCAAAAGCGUUACAGACAAGCAAAAGCUAAGAGAAUUCAGCACCACCAAAACAGCUCUACAACAAAGGCUGAAGGAACCUAAGUGGGAAACAUAAGAGAAGAAAAGGACCUACAAAAACAAACCCAAAACAAUUAAGAAAAUGGUCAUAGGAACAUACGUAUUGAUAAUUACCUUAAACGUGAAUGGAUUAAAUGCUCCAACCAAAAGACACAGGCUCACUGAAAGGAUACAAAAACAAGACCCAUAUAUAUGCUGUCUACAAGAGACCUACUUCAGACCUAGGGACACAUACAGACUGAAAGUGAGGGGAUGGAAAAGGAUAUUCCAUGCAAAUGGAAAUCAAAGAAAGCUGGACUAGCAAUACUCAUGUCAGAUAAAAUAGACUUUAAAAUAAAGAAUGUUACAAGAGACAUGGACACUACAUAAUGAUCAAGGGAUCAAUCCAAGAAGAAGAUAUAACAAUUGUAAAUAUUUAUGCACCCAACAUAUGAGCACCUCAAUACAUAAGGCAAAUGCUAACAGCCAUAAAAGGGGAAAUCGACAGUAACACAAUCAUAGUAUGGGACUUUAACACCCCACUUUCACCAAUGGACAGAUCAUCCAAAAUGAAAAUAAAUAAGGAACACAAGCUUUAAAUGACACAUUAAACAAGAUAUACUUAAUUGAUAUUUAUAGGACAUUCAAUCCAAAAACAACCUAAUACACUUUCUUCUCAAGUGCUCAUGAAACAUUCUCCAGGAUAGAUCACAAUCAAGCCUUGGUAAAUUUAAGAAAAUUUAAAUCAUAUCAAGUCUCUUUUCCGACCACAAUGCUAUGAGACUAGAUAUCAAUUACAGGAAAAAAAACUGUAAAAAAUACAAACACAUGGAGGCUAAACAAUACACUACUAAAUAACCAAGAGAUCACUGAAGAAAUCAAAGAGGAAAUAAAAAAAUACCUAGAAACAAAUGACAGUGAAAACACAAUGACCCAAAACCUAUGGGAUGCAGCAAAAGCAGUUUUAAGAGGCAAGUUUAUAGGAGUAGAGUCCUACCUCAAGAAACAAGAAAAAUCUCAAACAACCUAACCUUACACCUAAAGAAGUUAGAGAAAGAAGAACAAAAUAACACCAAAGUUAGCAGAAGGAAAGAAAUCAUAAAGAUCAGAUCAGAAAUAAAAAAGAAAUAAACAAUAGCAAAGAUCAAUAAAACUAAAAGCUGGUUCUUUGAGAAGAUAAACAAAAUUGAUAAACCACUAGCCAGACUCGUCAAGAAAAAAGGGAGAAGCCUCAAAUCAAUAGAAUUAGAAAUGAAAAAGGAGAAGUAACAACUGACACUGCAGAAAUACAACGAAUCAUGAGGGAGUACUACAAGCCACUAUAUGCCAAUAAAAUGGACACCCUGGAAGAAAUGGACAAACCCUUAGAAAAGCACAACUUUCAAAGCCUGAACCAGGGAGAAAUAGAAAAUAUAAAGAGACCAAUCACAAGCACUGAAAUUGAAACUGUGAUUAAAAAUCUUCCAACAAACAAAAGCCCAGGACCAGAUGGCUUCACAGGUGAAUUCUGUGAAACAUUUAGAGAAGCGCUAACACCUAUCUUUCUCAAACGCUUCAAAAAUAUAGCAGAGGGAGGAAUACUACCAAACUCAUUCUAUGAGACCACCAUCUCCCUGAUACCAAAACCAAAGAUGUCACAAAGAAAGAAAACUACAGGCCAAUAUCACUGAUGAACAUAGAUGCAAAAAUCCUCAACAAAAUACUAGCAAACAGAAUCCAACACACAUUAAAAGGAUCAUAUACCAUGAUCAAGCGGGGUUUAUCCCAGGAAUGCAAGGUUCUUCAAUAUACGCAAAUCAAUCAAUGUGAUACACCAUAUUAGCAAAUUGAAGGAUAAAAACCAUAUAAUCAUCUCAAUAGAUGCAGAAAAAGCUUUUGAUAAAAUUCAACACCAUUUAUGAUAAAAACUCUCCAGAAAGUAGGCAUAGAGGGAACUUACCCCAACAUAAUAAAAGCUAUAUAUGACAAACCCACAGCCAAUAUCAUUCUCAAUGGUGAAAAACUGAAACCAUUUCAUCUAAGAUCAGGAAAAAGACAUGGUUGCCCACUCUCCCAGCUGUUAUCCAACAUAGUUUUGGAAGUUUUAGCCACAGCAGUCAGAUAAGUAAAAGAAAUAAAAGGAAUCCAAAUUGGAAAAGAAGUAAAACUGUCACUAUUUGCAGAUGACAUGAUACGAUACAUAGAGAACCCUAAAGAUGCUACCAGAAAACUACUAGAGCUAAUCAAUGAAUUUGGUAAAGUACCAGGAUACAAAAUUAAUGCACAGAAAUCUCUUGCAUUCCUAUACACUAUUGAUGAAGAAUCUGAAAGAGAAAUUAUGGAAACACUCUCAUUUACCAUUGCAACAAAAAGAAUAACAUACCUAGGAAUAAACCUACCUAAGGAGACAAAAGACCUGUAUGCAGAAAAUUAUAAGACACUGAUGAAAGAUAUUAAAGAUGAUACAAACAGAUGGAGAGAUAUACCAUGUUCUUGGAUUGGAAGAAUUAACAUUGUGAAAAUGACUAUACUACCCAAAGUAAUCUACAGAUUCAAUGCAAUCCCUAUCAAACUACCACUGGAAUUUUCACAGAACUAGAACAAAAAAUUUCACAAUUUGUAUGGAAACACAAAAGACCUCAAAUAGCCAAAGCAAUCUUGAGAAAGAAAAAUGGGGCUGGAGGAAUCAGGCUUCCUGACUUCAGAUUGUACUACAGUAAUCAAGACAGUAUGGUACUGGUACAAAAACAGAAAUAUAGAUUAAUGGAACAGGAUAGAAAGCCCAGAGGUAAACGCACGCACAUAUGGUCACCUUAUUUUUGAUAAAGGAGGCAAGAAUAUACACUGGAGACAAGACAGCCUCUUCAAUAAGUGGUGCUGGGAAAACUGGACCAGCUACAUGUAAAAGAAUGAAAUUAGAACACUCCCUAACACCGUACACAAAAAUAAACUCAAAAUGGAUUAAAGACCUAAAUGUAAGGCCAGACAGUAUAAAACUCUUAGAGGAAAACAUAGGAAGAACACUCUUUGUCAUAAAUCACAGCAAGAUCCUUUUUGACUCAUCUCAUAGAGAAAUGGAAAUAAAAACAAAAAUAAACAAAUAGGACCUAAUGAAACUUAAAAGCUUUUGCACAGCAAAGGAGAACAUAAACAAGACAAAAAGACAACCCUCAGAAUGGGGGAAAAUAUUUGCAAACGAAGCAACUGACAAAGGAUUAAUCUCCAAAAUAUACAAGCAGCUCAUGCAGCGCAAUAUCAAAAAAACAAACAACCCAAUCCAAAAAUGGGCAGAAGAUGUAAAUAGACAUUUUUUCAAAGCAGAUAUACAGAUUUCCAACAAACACAUGAAAGGAUGCUCAACAUCACUAAUCAUUAGAGAAAUGCAAAUCAAAACUACAAUGAGAUAUCACCUCAUACCGGUCAGAAUGGCCAUCAUCAAAAAAUCUAGAAACAAUAAAUGCUGGAGAGGAUGUGGAGAAAAGGGAACACUCUUGCACUGCUGGUGAGAAUGUGAAUUGGUGCAGCCACUAUGGAGAACAGUAUGGAGGUUCCUUAAAAAACUACAAAUAGAACUACCAUAUGACCCAGCAAUCCCACUACUGGGCAUAUACCCUGAGAAAACCAAAAUUCAAAAAGAGUCAUGUACCAAAAUGUUCAUUGUAGCUCUAUUUACAAUAGCCCAGAGAUGGAAACAACCUAAGUGCCCAUCAUCGGAUGAAUGGAUAAAGAAGAUGUGGCACAUAUAUACAAUGGAAUAUUACUCAGCCAUAAAAAGAAACGAAAUUGAGCUAUUUGUAAUGAGGUGGCUAUACCUAGAGUCUGUCAUACAGAGUGAAGUAAGUCAGAAAGAGAGACAAAUACCAUAUGCUAACACAUAUAUAUGGAAUUUAAGAAAAAAAUGUCAUGAAGGACCUAGGGGUAAGACAGGAAUAAAGACACAGACCUACUGGAGAACGGACUUGAGGAUAUGGGGAGGGGGAAGGGUGAGCUGUGACAGAACGAGAGAGAGGCAUGUACAUAUAUACACUACCAAACGUAAGGUAGAUAGCUAGUGGGAAGUGGCCGCAUAGCACAGGGAUAUCAGCUCAGUGCUUUGUGACCGCCUGGAGGGGUGGGAUAGGGAGGGUGAGAGGGAGGGAGAUGCAAGAGGGAGGAGAUAUGGGAACAUGUGUAUAUGUAUGGCUGAUUCAUUUUGUUAUAAAGCAGAAACUAACACACCAUUGUAAAGCAAUUAUACCCCAAUAAAGAUGUUAAAAAAAAAAAAUCAAAACUGCGAUGAGGUAUCACCUCACACUGGUCAGAAUGGCCAUCAUCAAAAAAUCUACAAGCAAUAAAUGCUGGAGAGGGUGUGGAGAAAAGGGAGCCCUCUUGCACUGCUGGUGGGAAUGUGAAUUGGUACAGCCACUAUGGAGAACAGUAUGGAGGUUCCUUAAAAAACUAAAAAUAGAACUACCAUACGACCCAGCAAUCACACUACUGGGCAUAUACUCUGAAAAAAGCAUAAUUCAAAAAGAGUCAUGUACCACAAUGUUCAUUGCAGCACUAUUUACAAUAGCCAGGACAUGGAAGCAACCUAGGUGUCCAUCAACAGAUGAAUGGAUAAAGAAGAUGUGGCACAUAUAUACAAUGGAAUAUUACUCAGCCAUAAAGGGAAAGGAAAUUGAGUUAUCUGUAGUGAGGUGGAUGGACCUAGAGUCUGUCAUACAGAGUGAAGUCAGAAAGAGAAAAACAAAUACCGUAUGCUAACACAUGUAUGGAAUCUUAAAAAAAAAAAAAAAAGGUUCUGAUGAACCUAGGGGCAGGACAGGAAUAAAGAUGCAGACGUAGAGAAUGGACUUGAGGACACGGUAUGGGGGAAGGGUAAGCUGGGACGAAGUGAGCGAGUAGCAUUGACAUAUAUACACUAUCAAAUGUAAGGUAGAUAGCUAGUGGGAAGCAGCCACAUAGCACAGGGAGAUCAGCUCAGUGCUUUGUGACCACCUAGAGGGGUGGGCUAGGGAGGGUGGGAGGGAGAUGCAAAAGGGAUGGGAUAUGGGGAUAUAUGUAUACGUAUAGCUGUUUCACUUUGUUGUACAACAGAAACUAACACAACGUUGUAAAGCAAUUGCACUCCAGUAAAGAUGUUAAAAAAUAAUAAAUAAAGGGUUUCAAUAAAAUACAAAGAAAAAAAA